AUGUCUCCAUCAACAGCUGCAUCCUCACUUUCGGAACAGGAAAUUCGGAAAGAAAUCGAAAGUAUCACAUUACCAAGCUAUUUUCCAACGUAUAAACAACAGUGUAAAGAGGUUGCUGAAAACUUCUUUAAUUGUUUUUCCUCUAGAUCGAUCAAAACGCAAAAGGGAGAUCGAUUGGCUGGAGUGAACGGCUUGAGACAAUGUUCUCAAGAGCUUUCAAAAUAUAGAGAAUGCAUGGAACAACCAUAA